AUGCCCACAGUGAUGCGCUGCCGUUUUACGUCUUGGUUUCUGGGGUUCCUUGCCCUCGCAGUCGCGUUCCUCUCCGUUUUGGGUCUUCAGAGUACAGGACUGCUCUUUCCACAAGAUUCAUGGCCUCAGGGGGCAUUCCAAUCUCUAUUCGAAAAAGAACGCGCUUUCCGGGAACUGGUCCAACACUGCAGCCUCAACCAGACCCGGGCAGGUCGCUUUGGAUCCCAAAUUCAUCGCGUUCUACCCAACUCUUGUCGUUUCACUAAGCCUUCGUUGGGCACACAUGCUGUAUUUGGCACAUCGCUGGAGCAAUGCAUGACGCACGAUACUCGUUACGACCUCCCUUCUACUCGUCGUGACACGUAUGAGCGAGACAACGCGCUCUCGACAUCUCCUCACCAAACAGAACAAAGCCGUACUGCCGUCGUCUUUCGCGCAUGGGAUGGAUUCAAGUGGACACCAGAUGACGUCCAACACCUACGCAGCAUGAUUUCGGAACUAUCUGAACUCGGUGGAAACUUCUACUACCACGCGUUCAUGGCCCUCCAGCUAUUUGCAGCUCGACAUCCUGAAUACGAUCAUUUCUGGAACUGGGAGAUGGAUGUUCGAUAUACCGGACGCUAUACCGACCUGUUUCCGGCCGUUGCCGCCUGGUCCUCUUCGCAGCCCAAAGCCGGACUUUGGCAAAGGAACACACGAUUCUUUGUUCCUGGCAAGACACCUUCGUCAAACUCGACGUUCACGACGGGCGACACUACAGGGAGUGAAUUUCCAUCGCCGACCCCUUGGGUGCACAACCUUUCGUCUCCAGUUGUGGAAGCCACUGAGGACGCAGAUCUCCUGACCUUUUUCCCAAUGUUCGAGACCGCCAAUACCAGAUGGCCGCACAGGGGAUACACCAUACACUAUGACCUCGUGCAGAACAUGGCUCAUUUCGGAUCAGUCUCAACAAACGUACGCCUGUCGCGUAGAAUACUGCAAUACAUGGACCACGAGAACUGGGCAGGCCGAGCCAUGAUGUCCGAGAUGUGGCCUACGACUCUUGCUUUCCAUCACGAUCUCAAAGCUGUGUUUGUGCCACACCCGAUUGUUUUCGAGCCGCAGAUGACUGCUACGUAUGUACAAAGCACAUUCAACGGGGGUAAAGACGGUCGAGUAGGAGGCGCUCCUGGAUCCAUCAUCAAUCAUGAGUCUCACUUCCUUCGUUCUACAUGGUUCUGGAAUGCAAACCUCCCAACAAAGUUGUACCAGCUUUGGCAAGGCACCAGCCCCGAAGCACAAGCCUUCUCGAACAAUAGCGCUGUCGUCUGGUACAAGGGCAGAAGUGUGUCCUUCGCGUUGCUCCGUAGAAAACCAUCGCAUUCGCGCAUGAAGCGGCAAAUCUGGAUCUCAGUGAAAGAGCUAGCUCAGUACUAG